CAUUACUUUUUUUCCAGAAUUUAUUUCAAAAGGUUUAACUAUUGACGUAUAAAGAAAGUGUAUCAGGAGUGCCCGCAGAUUCUUUGAUUUUUGACGGCGUAACUUACUUUAGUAGACUAUAUUUCGCUGUAAGUAGCCAAAUUCUAAAAACAAAAACUUGAACAAAGCAAUGACCCUAAUAGAAGGGAAGGUUUUUACGCUUGUCGUUUGUGUCAUCCAUCAAGCCAUGACGUUAAACAAGGAUAACCUACAUUCACACCUGCAGAAUAACACACCUUCGAAAUUCAGUUACAGUCAUAUGAUGUCACAGUACAUAGGCAUAUGUGGAGUGUCGCACGUGUGUAACAAGUCCCUCCUAAAAUCUCUCAACGUCACAGAGAACGGACCGGAACCCGAAACUGUCUGUCCCCAAUGUUCCUGUGACCGGAAUUGUUUCAACAAUCCCAAGGUUCCCUGCUGCCCAGAUUUGUAUUUCAGUUAUGGAGUGCCAAACUGUAGAUCUACAACGUUUACAAGUACGUCAGCGGUCAAACGACACUACCAAGUGAUAGAUUAUUGUCCUCAAGGCGCCAAUACAAAACUCAACGAAAAAUGCACCAAAAACCGGAAGCCGUCGGAGAGAAUCCGGUUCCCCCCACUGGCCAAUAGAAGGCUAAAAUUCCUCUAUUGGAACAUUUUUUGUGCCGAGUGUCACAACGUGUCAUCUGCACAGUCACUGUAUUUGUCGUUUGAGUGCAAGUCUCGCACAGAUUUCAAUUAUUUCUCAUCGUACGAAGAAAUAAUAGAACAUGCUAACAAGAAAAUGUGUUCAAUAUCUUUCGAAGAGGACAAAAAUUAUGGCGCCUGCAAUCCUGUUUCUUCCAAGGAUAUCAUUUCGUCCUGCAACGUUACUGGAACUUGGGAUGCAUACGAUUUUUCUAUUGAUGCUGCAUGCAAGAGUGCUUUUAGUUUGACAUAUAAUUCUGUGUUUAAGAACGUCUUCUGUUACCUGUGCAAUGCCCCAGUUAGCCUAUCUCAGCCACUGAAAAACACAUGCCCUAACAAUUCCUCUCCCUUUGCACAACUUUGCAAAGAAUUUCCAAGAAUAAAAGCCGCAUUGCCGUAUAAAAACAUUUUCUGUAAACUUUGCAGCCUUCCCACGAAGAGGCAGUUUUCAACCAAAAUUCAGUUUAUGGCGUCACCUUAUGCUGCUAGAAUACAAUAUUUGAUAAAAAUAAGCAAGGAACUUUUCCAAACUGACGUGGAGAGUAAAUCUCCUGAGCUACCGACUGGAAUCGUCAGAACCUUAGACCAGGACACACUUAAUAUUGCCAUAAAAAGCUUUGCUUUUUCGGGAACUAGGUUUUGCAUGCAAUAUAACCUUCCUGACGAAUUAGAGGCUGUGGGGAAGUCUUGUCAAUGCAGUAUCGAGUGUUAUAAAGAUUGUUGUAUAGACUAUGCUUUGCAGAAUCCGACACAUAUCUGCACUUCUAUUCAGUUUCCUCCCGCCGAUGUCCCUUAUGGCAAGUACAGGGUAAUAGACCGAUGUGUAAAGGGAAACAAAUCCAUGAGCUGCAAGCAUCCAAACAGCAGCAAUAUUCUGGAUUCGUUGCCUAUAACUGAUACAAAAAGCGGUGUAACGUAUUUAAAUCCAUCAUGUUACAUCUGUAAUAAAAACGUGAAUGCUCUUCCAACAGAAUCCGAACCAUGGGGAUUCAAUGUAACUUGUUCGCAGUUUAUAAAUCCGGACUUCAUUUCGGAUAUUCAAGUUUUCGUGAAUGAAUUAAAAGCGGCCGAUUGCAACAUUCAGUUGCUACCUUUGGUAAACAUGGCUCAGAAAUGUGACAACCAAGACGCAACAAUCAGCGCGUGCAACACCACGGGUCUAUGGUCAUCAUUAGACAAAGGUAUCAAACAUGCGUGCGAACAACUAAAUGCGAAUCACUUGCCAGAAAUUGGGCCCACGAGAAACAGCGAUAGUGUAUACAAAAAUAUAUUUUGUCAAAUGUGUAACCCUGUCAAAAUCGAACCGAACGUCAGCAGUUCGUGUGACAACACGACGAAACAUUUUGACCAGCGCUUAGCGACGAGCUGUGAAAUGCUGCCAGCAGUUCCAAUGUCUUCUCCUUACAAGAAUGCAUUCUGUGAGAAAUGCAAUGGUUACUCUAGCUUGAAUGAAGAAUUAGUAAAAGUGCCAAAAGUUGGGAUUUGGGUAAAGGGGGGUGCGAUAUUGCAUUUUAAACCAGGCUUUCAUAGGAAAAUUGUGCCCACAUACAGAACCCUCUUUUCAUUGAGUUCCUACGCUCAGGAGGACGAACCAAACAUCUCAGUCAAAACAUGUCAAUCAAACGAGUAUCUGGACCGAACCAAGAAUAUUUGCAGAACCAAAGUUUGUUACCCAGGAAAAGUACUUAACAAUGGCAAAUGCGUGUCUUUGCUCCCACAGACAAAAGAUUUGCGAUACAACAUUUAUUUCAGAACCAAAUUAUUAACGGACAGUCUAUCGGCUUCUGUAAGUUUGGACGGGAUCGUCAAAUCAGUAUUGGAUUCAGUCUCCGUGAUGUUGAGAAACGUCACGAAGCUAGGCAAUAACUCCAUAAACAGACAGAAGUAUACCAUCUAUGUGAACGAGAAUUGCACGUCGACAAACUUUUCCAGCCUGCAGCUUGAUGUUCACAUAUUGUACCACAUCAAAGAAAUGAUCGAACGCGUCAACGUUGAAAAAGCCAUUGUGGAGUUUUCCAAUUCUAUCCACAAUGUGUCAAUUAACAACAAAAUGCACGGCUUUUCCUUCUCUCAGAGUAGUUAUUCCGAAAUCUUCUCAAAAUUUCCAAACAGAUGUUUUGAAAUUGGUGAACCAACAAAUAUAAAUACGUUCAGAGAGGUACUGGUUAACGAGCUGCUCGUGUGUCAACAAACCUCACUGUCAGAAGAAGAGUACACCGUGAACAAAUCCUCAAACACCCUCCACGUAAGAAGUUGGAACGUUUCACUACCAACAGACCAAGUUUUAUUCGCGGAGAACAAUACUGCGAGGGUGUGCAUCAUAGAAUUCAACAGCUCAUCGUUGCUGGAGUCCGAAAAAACCUCGCCCGACUCCGAUUCGACGUUUAUCCUCUCCUUGCUGACUCUAAUUUGUAUUCUAAUAUCUCUAGUCUGUCUUCUGAUCACUUUUAUAAUUUAUUGUGCUUUCCAGUCGCUCAGGACUUUGCCCGGCCUGAACAACAUGUCUCUGAUGUUUUCGCUGUUCUGUGCCCAGUUGGUGACAAUACUUCGGCCUGUGGUUGCCGGCGGCCAUCAGCUUGUCGUCAUGGUGAUGUCAAUAGUGCUCCACUUCUUUUGGUUGGCCGUGUUCUUUUGGUUACAGGUUUGUUCCUUCCACAUGUUCCGGGUGUUCACGCGCAAAACUCACGUCAUCAAAAGCGAGAAAGACACGUGCCAUGCUGCAAUCCGAUACGCAACGUACGCGUUCGGUUUCCCAGGGUGCAUUGUCGUGGUCCAUCUCAUCGUCAAUGUCAUCUUGUCAGAAGGAACUCUAACGGGCUAUGAAAAUAAACAGGGCCUGGUGAACGAUAAAAUAGCCUUCAUCGUCACGGUUAUAGCGCCAUUGUUUCUGAUUUGCAUCAGCAAUCUGGCUUUCUUUUCCGCCACGGCCCACCAGAUAAGAAAUACUCCGCAUGCGCAGAAGAACCAUAGGCAGACGGUGGAAGUAUGGGUGUACGUCAAACUAUUCGCCCUGACUGGUCUCACGUGGAUUUUUCAGAUCGUGGAUGCGUUCCUAUCCCUGUCCGUUCUUUCUUAUGUCGUUGCCAUUCUUAAUGGUCUCCAAGGCCUUUUUCUCUUUCUGAGUUAUGUCUGCAAUACACGCGUGUGGAAUUUGUGCUGUGGUAAGAAGGCCGACGCGCCCAACCUCUCCAGCACAUCCUCCCAAUUUAGUUCGUUACCAUCCUCCCAAAAAUCUACAAAAUUCUAGUCAUCUCUAUUGCUCAAAAUUGAUGUCGCUAAAUGUUCUAGAAAUACUGCUGUCCAGAUCUAUGUUUGCUCUUGAGGCCGGUGUCGUGUAUUAGAUCUCUGUGUGCUUGCAAAUUAGUAGCAUACCGUAAAUGAGUCCAAAUAACAUAAACAACUAUUCACUUUGUCUUAAAUGAUUAGUUUGUUUUCAUUGGAUGUUAUUCUAUAGUUCAUAUUAAGAUAAAUAUACAUGUGCCCCUAUAGCCUAAAAGCUGGAAGUCAUGUAGCAAUUCGACUGAUUAAGAAUUUUAAAAGAGAAUGGGUGCGUUAUACAUUUCAUUCCUUUCAUCACGUAUCUUAUAUUUAACAAAAACCUCAAAAAUUUUCACAAAAUAUGCUUGAAAGGGCGCGAUAGACGUGGCCUUUAUUAGACGUCUAGAUAUCAAUAAGAAAAAAAAGCACUAUAUAAAUACAUAAAAAAAAAUACCCAAACCUGAAAGGUAAAAUGUAUGGAUUGUUUCUAUUUAUAGCAAAACAACUCAUAUCUUAAAAAAUUACGUAGAACGUAUAGUUAAUUUAUUGACCUCUCAGACUCCUUAAUAUACAACAGUCUGACUCAGUGUGCAUCCGGGACAUCUUUGGCCUUUCAAAAAAAAAAUCUGUAAAAAGACCGAUGUGUUCCGGAUGACUCAGUGAGGUAGCUAGCCGGAAAACGCGUCUAAUAACCCGGAUGUACACUUGACUGCGAAAAUAUAGGGAUAAAUACUACGUAUCACAUACAUGUCGCAUAUUCUCUGUUCGCCUUUUUGUACAGAACAAAUAUACACAUUUAUUUUCUAAAGAUAUGUACAUGUUGCGUAUGAUUUGUAAAUUGUCCAUGUAAUUGUAUGUGUAUCAAUUACUUAGCCUUAUUUGCAUAAUUCG